AUGGAGAAGAGUACACCAUCACCCGCAUACCCUGGCGCCCGGCGCUAUUCAGGCACUGGCGCCUUGUCUAGCGGUAUUUCAGAUACGGCACACGACAGUGGACUGGAGCUCAUCGACCGCGCACCAGAGACGCGUAUGAUGCGCUGUAUCGAGCAGCACGACACAGAGUUCAGAGAAAAGCUUGAUGUCUUGGCCAAAUUUACGAACAUCCUGGCGAAAGACCAUGCGAAGGCCAUCAGCCGCCUGAAGAAAGUUUGCAUGAACUAUGUGGCCACGUGCCACAAUGAUAGCCAAGCCCGUCCAGCCUCCCAAGCUCCUGAGCCAACGAUUGAAAGAUCCAGCUGGGUUGCCCCGCGACCAGCAGAGGAAAAUGUGGCAUCUUCCGCCGUGAACUCAACAUCUGGGCAGACGGUGCUCAGUCCGACUCUUCGGGACGUGGCAAGGUCCGUUCUCGAAAUUCCCUCCCAGACAGAACUACAGCCUGGCCUCGAUGACCUCCUCCCUAAUGCUGAUCACGGCGAGGUGGACCAGCCUUCUCGCGUGCAACAGCCUACUAGAGAACAACGCAAGAUUUCGAGCGUUGACGGCACCGACGAUACCACCGACUCCUCUGAUUCAACCGACGACGGUGAUCACGACCAGGAUAUCUACCAUGAGGAGUCUCCUGGCCCAGAUGAAACUCCCCGGACUACCACUGCGAAGGCGCAAUCUACUGUGACUCCACAAAGAGCCGAAGCUCCAAAUCGACCAGAACCCUCGUCUCGACCCAGUAAGAGCUCCCAGCCAGCUCGGGACUCGUCUCGGCGAUGGACUCAGGACGAGGAAAAUUUUAUGAUUGAUGUAGUCCAUGAUUUGAUGCAAGAGGACUUUGGACCAGUCAAGACUGCCAUGUGGAAACGCGCAUCCGCGACGCUGAGAACACGCGGCUACGAUCGCACCUAUGAACAGAUGAUGGCCAAAUGGUCAUGCGAUACUCGCCGUAAGUGUGAAGAGCGCGGCCUGGACUGGGCAGCUACCGUCAUGGCCAAACUCCCACACAUGGCACGCAAGCGAAGAUCAUCACUUGGCGAUGCCCGACAGGGAGGGUUGUCUUCAACCAUAGAUGGACAGCCAAGGGCGAAGCGAGUCAAGAGCCAGUCUCAGAGGCGAGCCUCCGGUCGAUUUUCAUCUUCAGCUCAGAGUGAUGCAGCAGAUUCUCCUUCCACGACCCAGAAGCCGAAGAAAGGCUCUCGAAAGAGUAUCGCCAGUCACCCGGCACUUAGCCCUUCACGGGGCUUUACCACUAAAUUUGAUUCAUUGCCUCCCGCAUCGGAAACGAAUAUGCGCCUCCGUUUUAUUUGGGAACGUGCAUCGAGCGACAUCGUGCAAGUGGACUGGUCUCCAGAUGCGAAAUACUUUGUGGCCGCCAGCAACUCGAUCUUGGAUGCCUCUGACAAUUUCCGCGAAAAUCAACCGGUGAAUCUAAUUCAUGGCUCACUAGCAACCAAGACGCUUCGUGAGCUUCCUGAACAUCGCAUCGCAGGCGACGUCAGCGCCGGGCAGCCCAAAUACCUGUACCAGACUGUCAGUGCGGUUCGGUAUGCUCCGACAGGCGACCGGGUCCUCAGCGCUGGGUUUGACAACAAGGUUCGACUCUGGGACGUGGAGGAUGAGGCUAGCAUCUACUGCAAGACGGAAGUACAAUUUGCCCAGCGAGUCGAAGUCAUGGACGUCGCGGGGGAACAAACCACAUUAUUUGCGACUGGUACAGCAGGCGGACUCAAAUCGAUCCGAAUUUUCUUUGCCGAUUCUAACCCGGGUGCUCGGCUUCAAGAGAUCAAACUCCUUCAGGACACAGGGAAGAGAUCAGUCCCGUUUUCCCCGACGUGCCUCAAAUUCGGGCGCUCUCGCAGUUAUGAUCGGUUACUGGCAGGCUUCGGCAGCGGCUCUGACACCGAGUUUGGCGACGGCUGUACAGCAAUGUGGAAGUUCCGUGAAGCUGCCUGCGACCAGUUGUAUUUCCUCAAGGGAGAGACAUUCGUAUUUGAUUGCGCUUGGUCUCCGGCAGGCGAUCUUUUUGCCAUUGGAAGCUUGAGCGACGCUGAGACCAGGGCCGACGCAACAGAGCAUUCGGUGGUCAAGCUGUACUCGCCGAACCAACCCGACUCGAUCGCGAGAUACAGCUGUCGAGCCAAGGAUAUCAACGACGUGACCAUCGACUAUGGCCUUGUCACAGCGUCGUGUACCGACGGCUGCACGUAUGUUUGGGAUCAGCGCCAACCUCAGAAGCCACUACACACGCUGGCUCACGGCCGGCCCGUGGUCAGGCUUGCCCGGGGAGCAGACCGUGAGAUGGAAGACGUGGGGGUCAGAUACAUCGAAUGGAGUCGCACUCCUGGACAAUUAUACACGGGGUCUAGUGACGGCUUUCUCAAGUAUUGGGACACAGGGCGCUCGCCCACCGAUGUCCUCGUUGAGGACCUUGUGGAUGCUGGGCGUGAAAUAUUGUGUGGACGUCUUUCACCAGAUCAUUCGUCCUUGUUGCUCGGUGACGAAGAAGGGCGUCUCCUUCUGUUCAGCACGUCGAAAGGUCCAUUUCCGGAGGAGGAAUUUCGCUUUCGAGUCGGCGAACAGUGGGCCCAUGAAAAUUAG